GUGACCUGCUGUUUCUCCAACUCCCGGACUUUACUCUCCAGUUUGGCCAUAGUUUGCCGAAUUGUCUGGACCUAGGGAGGAUCAACAAGGGAACUGAAGACAUAAGUGGUACUGUAAUCCUCCCUACUCCUCGGUCCCCCGGACCCUUACCUUCUGGAAGAACUCGUCAUCCGGGCUGCCCAGCCGGGCGGUACCUGGGUGCACCACCAGCGCGACUCGAACCUCAUCUUCAUCGUCCGAGCUGUUGUCCCCCUGCCAGGGCCGGAGUCAUUGGCACCGUUUGCCUGCUGCGGUUCUCGUCCCGCAGGAGCCAUGGGCUUCCGGGAUUUUCCUUCCUGGCCAUCAGCCACCCCUCCCGGACCCCAAACCAGGAGUCCUCAAUCCAGGCGCGCCCGCCCGGCCCCAGCUUCUCAUUCCAGCACUGCCCUCCCGGCCCCAGUUUCUCACCUGCCUCAGCUCAUGGGUCCUGUCGCGCAUGGUGGCCGGAGCGCCCCGUCCCCGGACCUGAGCCCUGAGGGCCUCAAGGUUCUAAGUUUGGAAGUCCUGCACCUCUCUCUCACACUUGACACUCCCUUCCUCACCCUGCGAACCCCAACACCCCCACGAGCCUCCAAAGGCCCCGCCCCUUUCACCAUCCACAGCCGCCGGGAGGAACCCGACCAUAGGACCCCCAAAGUUCUACAGGUUGGAAUUCCCUUCUCUUCCCCCCAUCCUGCUCCCGCAGCUGCGGCCCCGCCCCUCGGUGGAUGAUUCCGAGCAUGCGCACGAGGUCCUGUCUCUUCCUCGCUAGAGGGAAAGGCGGAGGUCGGAAACAGCCGCAGCCGAACGGAAGCCAGGCUGCCUGGAUCGAGAGCCCGCCCCCCUUCACCGGAACAUCUCAUAUUAGAACUGAAAUCUAGUUGCCCAAAGGGUUGGGAAUGCGUCAUUUGCACGCAGUCUGAGAGCCUCGUAUCUCACAUCACCCCAUGGCGCCCCCUCAUCACGUGACAGACCAGGCCCAGCUCCGCGGGCUGCUCUCCCGACAGCCAGUCACGUGUUCCGGCGCUGUCAGCGAUGUCUCGGACUUCAGUCUCGCGACGUCCCCGACACCCCUGUGCCUGAGCUGUACCCCUAAAGCUUCUUGGAGGUGGGGAGGGGUACACUUCUCACUCUCCGCCACCUACCGAGGAUAUCCUUGUAGAAAUCACUUUUUGUUUUCAUCUUGGGUCCUAGGGCGUGGGCAAACCGCAGACUUAACAUUUGGGGGCUGUCAGUAUCAUGGGACCUUGAGAGUCAGAAAAUAAUGAGAUCCGACUCUACCGUGUCACAAGAUUGCAGGGUUUUUGUAGGCAGAGAAUCUGGGGGUGGGAAGUGACCUCUGCCAAGGUGGAGCUCCCCACACACACACUGCGUCCUCCUGGCACAGCCUCUGACAGGUGGGCGGCCUACGCCCUGCAUGAUCACUGCAGUCCCGCUGAGCUCACCACCGGCAUAGCAGCUAGGACCUAGAGAAAUGGAUUGUUACCUCCGCAGCCCUGCCUGCCUUACAAAUGAAGAUCGAGCAUGACUUGCUCUUCUUUCACGGACUCCCCAGCACCAGAUUCGGCGCUUGGCAUAUAAUAGACCCUCACAGAAGACUUGAUCCGAGUAUGAGCCUUUCAUGUGUCUGAAAUUAAAGCCCGUGGCUUCCUGAUCUUUAGGUUUCUCUCACUGUGCCAUUUUCCCAGUUUUGUCUCUCUGGACAUACGUUCACAUGACAUAUUUAUUGGGUACACACUAUGGAACAAAUACUGUUUUAGGGGCCAAUGACACAUCAGGGACCAACAGACCAAAACCCCAUGCACUUGUGGGGCGUCUGUUGUCUAUAAGCCCCCCAACGUCCCUCAGCAGGUGUCAGCACAGCCAAAAAGAAGAAUUAGAUUUCCUGAGAGGAGGUUCAACAAAGGAAGCAACAGUGUGUCCCCCUCUAGUACAUUCUGGUCAAGAAGCCUAGAUUUCUGAGCCCGAGUUGCUAUGGACUUUUGGAGAGUCAUAUUAUGUCUCUGGGCCUUGAUCGUCCAUCUCUGUACUACAGGUGACUGCAUAUGAUGGGGAGUUCAUCAAGACUGGAAAAUGGCAAGUGCCCUCCAAUCCCAUGCGUGGGUCCUGUGCUCUGAUCCUUUUCCCUUUAGAACAUGGCUUGCCUGGAGCUGGAGCUGGGAAUGAGGGAGCAAGGACAAUAUGGCCCCAACCACCCGCAGAGGGAAUGCAGAGUUGGUGGAUUUCUCAAGAGGCCCAGCUCUGCCUGGUGUGGUCCCCUGAAGAUGAUGUGGAGAAAACUGACUGCUGGGGGUCUGACUUCAGGGUCUCAUGAUGUUGACAGCCCCCAAAUGCGAAAGACAGCGAUGAUGAAGAGGAGGUGGUCCACGUGGAUCGAGACCACUUUAUGGAUGAGUUCUUUGAACAGGUGGAAGAGAUCCGAGGCUGCAUCGAGAAACUGUCUGAGGAUGUGGAGCAGGUGAAGAAACAGCACAGCGCCAUCCUCGCUGCCCCCAACCCGGAUGAGAAGACCAAACAGGAGCUGGAGGACCUCACAGCAGACAUAAAAAAGACCGCAAACAAGGUCCGGUCCAAGUUGAAAGCGAUCGAGCAAAGCAUUGAGCAGGAAGAGGGGCUGAAUCGUUCCUCAGCUGACCUGCGCAUCCGCAAGACUCAGCACUCCACCCUCUCGCGGAAGUUCGUGGAGGUAAUGACCGAGUAUAACGCAACCCAGUCCAAGUACCGGGACCGCUGCAAGGACCGCAUCCAGCGGCAGCUGGAGAUCACUGGCAGGACCACUACCAAUGAAGAGCUGGAAGACAUGUUGGAAAGCGGGAAGCUGGCCAUCUUCACGGACGACAUCAAAAUGGACUCGCAGAUGACAAAGCAGGCACUAAAUGAGAUUGAGACCAGGCACAAUGAGAUCAUCAAACUGGAGACCAGCAUCCGAGAGCUUCACGACAUGUUUGUGGACAUGGCCAUGCUGGUGGAGAGCCAGGGCGAGAUGAUUGACCGCAUCGAAUACAAUGUGGAACAUUCCGUGGACUAUGUGGAACGAGCUGUGUCCGACACCAAGAAAGCUGUGAAAUAUCAGAGCAAGGCGAGGAGGAAGAAAAUCAUGAUCAUCAUUUGCUGUGUGGUGCUGGGGGUGGUCUUGGCGUCAUCUAUUGGGGGGACACUGGGCUUGUAGGCCCCUACCCUUCUCUUCCUUCAGUCCCUCCCCACUCAUCGGGAGCAAUCCCCCCCUCACUCUCCCCUGCUCCAAGCUCACUCCCAAAACAGACCCAGGCAGUUUCAGCUCCUGCCACCCUCACGCACACCCUGGAGUCCCUGGCUCUCACUUUGCCAUGGAUCCCCCCCUCCACCUUGCCGCACAUAGAUAACAGCAGGCGUGAUCACACAUGCACACCAACAUGCAUGCCGCGGGCACAUGCUCAAGACGUGUGGACACCCCAACGUGUAUGUACUUGUGUAGAUGUAUGUAGAUCCCCUGAACCUCUUGCUGCCGCCUCCGUCCUAUGUGGUCUGAACUUCCCUCUCUCCCGUUGCUGUGCAGACUGUGGCCGAGUAGAACACAGCAGCCCGCCAUACCCCAACCUGUCUUCUGUGAACAGACACGUGUAGUGCAGGUGUGUGUGCGUGCGUGCGUGUGUGUGUGUGUGUGUGUGUGAGUGUGCAUAGGUCUGUGGCCAUAUAAUGUGUGUACAUGGAGUUUUCUAAGUGUGAAAACCCAAUGCAAAAGCAAUUCCCCCACUGACCUUCUCUCCUAUCUGCUCCAUCUGGAGUGGGGGGUAUGUGUGAGGGUAAUUCCCAGCCUCCGAGGAUCCAGGGAGGCCCCGAGACCAUGGCACAUGUCUCCUGUGAUGUAGAACUCACAAACUCUCCUGGCUCAGUUACUGCCAGGGGUUCACUUCAUGUCCUGGGGACUCCCCCCACCCGUGUGUGUGUGUGUGUGUGUGUGUGUGUGUGUGUGUGUUGAGCCUUGAGUUCAGGGGAGGCAAAUGGAAGCCUGUGUGUAAAUGAUAAAGAUCCUGACUUAGUUUGUAUGAGUGUGUAUUUUCCCUAAUAGAUGGUGAUGAUGUAAAGGGCUGUGCACAGGUCUCUCUCUCUCUCUCUCUCUCUCUCUCUCUCUCUCUCUCUCUCUCUCUCUCUCUCUCUCUGUGUGUGUGUGUGUGUGUGUGUGUGUGUGUAGUGUAGUGUUGAUAAUCUUCUCUUAGAGCCAUCCAUGCUGUGAAUCAGACACUAGUUUUGAAUGGGUAGAGAUAGCUGUCACUAAGCUACCUGGAAUACAACUGUGUACGUGUGCACCCUCAUGGACUUUCUACAUAACGUGUUUCUGCUUCUGGGCAUCACACGCACACACGUUUCUCUUUAAGUUCAUGCUCCUCAGGUUUGUUUCUCCAGACUUAGUUGCUCCCUCCCUUUCCUCAGAACAGCGGCUCACACUGCUCCAUCAGGAGUGUGCAGGUGCCGUUUCCUCCCUCUCCAGACCAUCUGACGGGAGCACACACCCAGACUCUUACCCUUCUCUUUCUGCCUGACAGCAGUACUGAACCUUGAACAACUAGCACGUCCUAGUGUGUUCACAAAUGCCGAGGCUGAGGAAGUUCCAGAAAGGUGGUCACACACAGGGACUGGGGCCUCACACACAAACCGCGUGGUGCCCAUCCCGGGCCACACCAGUUUGCACACAAACUGUCUCCUGGAAUGAGUGUGGUAGGCCUAAGGAGGUAAGAUGCCAAGGGCUGCUCCAGACAGGCGGGAAACCAUGGCAUUUACCCUUCCUGCCUCUCAAACUCACCUCGAAGCUCUUGUUUGUCCUCACUGCCUCAGCCGAUGCUCUGAA